GUUCAGCGAUUUCUUCCGAGAAAGGACUCAUGAGGAUGAGGAUGAUGAGGAUGUCUUCCCGAACCGGGCUGAGAGCGCGUGGCCGGGAGGACAGAAGCGCGUAACCGCGGCGCCGUGCCUGUGUGUGCGCGCGCCCGCCCCGCUUCCUUCCAUAAUUAAGGCUUUAUUCCAGCAGCAGAGGCGUUAAUGAGCGCGCGCACACACCCCUGCGGACCUGCGUGCGCGCACACGUGUGUGUGAAUGACCGCAAUCACUUCUCUGGACCUGUGUAGUGUGUGUGUAUAGUGUAGAGUGUGUGUGUUUAAUCUGGGAGUGAGGAUGAGUGAGGAGGCGAGCAGCAGUGUGCCGAGAGAGCUUCUGGAAAGUGUUCGGGAUGCAGUGGGAAGGAAAACCAAGUUGGUCCUUCAUAAGAAAGUCAAGCUGGAGGUCAAAGGUGAUAAAGUGGAGAACAGAGUCCUGGCUUUGGCAUCACAUCGCGGAUAUCUCCUCACUGCACGCAUUCCUGCCAAGGUAGAACAGACGUUCAGCUAUUUGGAGAUUCAGGGCAUCACAUGCACCAAACCCACACAGUGUGUGUUGGAGUAUGAGAGAGGUCAGAUCUCCCUCAGGCUGGUGUCGAUGGAGGAGGUGAAUGAGGUGGUGUGUCACAUCGGAGUGUGUGUGCAAAGGAUCUGUCCCGCCCUGUCUCCUGUUAAGGUGAUGAAGAAGUUGUCCAUGGAGCCUCCGGAGAGAAUCGUGACUCUGCAGAGCAUCUGGGAGACUCAGAGCUCAGGAGAACCUGGACCCUGCGGUGGAUUCUCUCAGCAGUACAGGUGUGUGUGUGACUGGCUUGGCUUACCUUACAGAGAAGAAGUUCAGUGGGACGUGGACACGAUUUAUCUGACGCAGGACACACGUGAGCUGAACCUUCAGGACUUCUGUCACCUGGAGAACAGAGAUUUGGUAGCAAUAAUCGCCGUUCUGGAGUUUAACCAGUGGUUCACCAAACUCACGACAAAGGACUAUAAACUGUCUGCAGACGUGUGUGAUCAGAUUUUGAGAGUUGUUGCCCGUUCCAGUCGUCUGGAGGAGCUCGUCCUGGACAAUGCAGGACUCAAAACGGAUUUUGCCCAGAAGCUGGCGAACGCGGUCUCUCAGAACGCCAGCUCAGGACUGCACUCACUCAACCUCGCCAAUAACCCUCUGGAGGACAGAGGAGUUGCUUUUUUAGGUUCUCAGUUUGCAAAACUCCAUAAAGGCCUCAAACACCUCAACCUGUCCAGAACCUCGUUAUCUCCCAAAGGGGUGAACAGCCUCGCCCAGUCGCUGAGUGCGAACCAGUCCAUGCCCAGCACGCUCAGCUACCUGGACCUCUCAGGGAACCUCCUGCGUGGAGACGACCUCUCGCAUCUGUAUCACUUCCUCGGCCAGUCGAACAGCCUGAGCACGCUGGACCUGUCCAACUCCGACUGCUCGCUCGACUCGCUUUGCUCUGCUCUCCUGAAAGGUUCACUGCAGCAUCUCUCUGUUCUCAACGUGUCCAAGAGCGUCUUCGCUCACAGGAAAGGUAAAGAUAUUCCUCCUGCGUUUAAGCAGUUCUUCAGCAGCGCAGUCUCCCUCAACACCAUCAACGUCUCUGGAACCAAACUGCCACCUGAGGCGUUAAAAGCGCUCCUGCUUGGCCUGGCCUGUAACCCCAACCUGAAAGAGGUGGCACUGGACCUCAGCUGCUGUGAGCUUCGCUCAGGAGGCUCACAGAUCCUGGAAGGCUGUAUCGCUGAGAUUCCCAACAUUUCCAGCCUCGAUAUUUCUGACAACGGUCUGGACGCAGACAUGAGCACACUGCUGGUGUGGCUGGCCAAGAACCGCUCCAUCAGGCACCUGUCCCUCGGCAAGAACUUCAACAACAUUAAAUCUAAAAAUCUGGCUCCGGUCCUCGAUAACCUCGUCCACAUGAUCCAGGAGGAAGAAUCGCCCCUGACGUCUCUGUCUCUGGCCGACUCGAAGCUGAAAGCGGAGCUGAGUAUUGUCCUGAACGCUCUGGGCAGUAACGGCUCUCUGACGCGAGUGGACAUCAGUGGGAACGGGAUGGGCGACCUCGGGGCGAAGAUGCUGGCGAAAGCGCUACAGAUUAACAGCAAGCUCAGGACAGUCAUCUGGGACCGAAACAACGUCAGUCCACAGGGUCUACAGGACGUCGCUGCAGCACUGGAAAAGAACUUCACCAUCCGCUUCAUGCCCAUCCCCAUCAUCGAUGCGUCUCAGGCGUUGAAGGCGAGUCCGGAGAAAACCGAGGACGCGCUGAUGAGGAUGGAAAACUACCUGUUCAGGAACCACGAAACUCGGAAAUAUGUUCAGGAGCAGGCGUACCGUCUUCAGCAGGGCAUCGUCACCACGACCACGCAGCAAAUGAUCGACCGGAUUUGCGUGAAGGUCCAGGACCACCUCAACUCUCUGAAGAACUCUGAGCAGGACGUCAUACUGGAAGAUGUCAAAAUGGCGGAGAACCUGAUAAAGGAUGCGAGGAACUCAAAAACGCUCCUCCCCAACCUGUACCACCUCGGAGCCGCGUCCAGAAAGGAGCUGAAUGGUUCCUCUGUAGGUCCCAUCCAGGAGAAACUGGAUUCCAUGGCUGGAGAAGUGGCUCAGGUGAUGGAUGAGCAGCUCCAGAGUCUUUUGGAGUCAAUGGUGGACACGGCGGAGAGUCUCUGUCCUCACGUGAUGCGGAAACCCAACCUGCGUCAGGAGCUGAUCAAAGCAGGGACGGGGAAGAUGACGGUACCACGAAGCUUCAUCAAGAACACACUGCUUGAGCAGUCUGGCAUUGACAUCAUCAACAAGAUCAGUGAGGUGAAGUUGAGUCUGGCUUCAUUCCUCUCUGACCGGAUCGUUGAUGAAAUUUUGGAAGCACUCUCCGGCUCUCAGAACACACUGGCGGAGCACCUGGUGACAAAAGGCCGCCCCCUGGCACAGCAGGAGUUCUUGGACUCUGAUGUCCAGGAGGUCAGAACUUCCAAACGGAGCACCAUUGAGCUGCUGGAGGCUGAGAGGUUGGAUGACCUUGAGACCUGCAUGAUGACUCCAAAGUCGAAAAGGAAGAGCAUCCACAGCCGGAUGCUGAGGCCCGUCUCCAGAGCGUUUGAGAUGGAGUUUGACUUGGACAAGGCUCUGGAGGACAUUCCCAUCCAUGUUGAAGACCCUUCACUUCCUGCCAAACUGGACAAAAAGCCAUCAGGGGUCGUGGGAGAGCUGCCUUCUGAGGAAGCCAAGAAGCUUCAACAUUACACCAAAUUACGGCCCAAGAGGAACAAGAAGACCCGGUCAAGCCGGGUUCCUCAGGUCAGCAGAAUGCCAUCUCAGGACGGAGAGCAGAACGGCCUCAUGGGAAGGGUGGAUGAGGGCGUGGAUGAGUUCUUCUCGAAGAAAGUCACCAAGAUGGACAAGAAGUUGUCCUUGAAGGCCUCAGACUCUCAGGAUGCUGAAAGGAAGCGUGAUUCGCGCAAAGGAGGCUUCCUGAACCUCAUCAAGUCCCGUUCAGGCAGGGACAAGGAGCGGGACAAGGAGAAGACUUCCACUUCAGUCCCACCCCUGUCUCCGGUCCCCCAGGCUGCAGAGGAACCCUUGUCUCCGAAGGCACCCUUGUCUCCGAAGGCCAAGUCCCAGUCAUUACAUUCAGAGCGCAGCAGCAGUUCAGAACGCUCUGAGGAACUGAAGACGCCGGACUGCGGAGUCCAGGUGAUGGGCUCCGGCCUGCUCGCUGAGAUGAAGGCCAAGCAGGAGAAGAGAGCCAAGAUCUCCGACUCCUCAUCAAGUCCAGAGAAGCCAGAUGGGCCUCCAUCAGGUCAGGGUAAAGUGGAGGUCAGCAGCACUGUGAUGCCCCCUGACAGGACACCUUGGGUUGGAGGGGAUUUUAAACCCGAGGCAGCACUGAGGACCCGAGGGUCAGGCCCCAACCCCACAAUCCCGAAACCUCCACCUCCGAGCACCAAACCGAGCCCAGGCCCUCGACCGGCCCUUCUGCAAAAACCCCGCAGCAGCACACGCAGCCUCGACGAGAGCUCGGAGUCUCCUGGAGGUCAUAAGGCUCCGCCUGCACUUCGGAAAGUGCCCGGAUCCUCGAAUCCUCCACAGAACAGCUCAGGCUCCAAGAACUCCACUCAGGAAGUGGACGUGACAGGAGGAGACGUUAGCGUAUUUAAACUCGAGCCUGAGCUGGAGAAAACGUCAGCACGAACCCCGGAGGAGGCAGAGAGCGAGCGAGAGCGCAGGACGUCCCUCUCCCGACCCGCAAAAACAACCUCGAGCACGAACCAGCAGAACCAGAGCUCGGACGAGAACGGGUCAAAGGUCAAGGACAAAUCAGCUGAGAAGGACAAGGACUCGAGUCAGAGCAGCAGAUCGGCAGAUUCUGGAGAGGAAGCGGAGAAAGAUUUUAUUUUUGUAUAGAGAGAGAGAGAGACCGCAUCACUCUGUGUUUCCACUCGUUUCAGGAAUCUAGACUGUUAAAAGUACUGAUGCAUUCCAGCUGCACUCUCAGAGGUGUGUGUGUGUGUGUGUGUGUGUGUGUGUGUGUGUGUGUGUGUGUGUGUGUGUGUGUGUGUGUGUGUUUGAUGGUGCGCACUCAUUCAUUUCUUCCAUAGCGUCUGAUCCAAUGUCUCUCGCUGGGACAGGAAAGACUUCGCUGUAUGACGUGUCUUGCGUUAAUCUCCUCACUCGUAUGCUAAUGAAGGCUGAAACACUCUAAAAGCACUGAACGAUCUCUCGUUCCUGUACUGACACUAGGGGGCGCUUUACUAUCUGCCCUCGUGCCUUAGAGCUCCUCUGUACUGUGAUCAGACCGAGCAGGACACUGACGGCGUCUCCGAUAACAUGUGCAUGUCUGAUUUCUCCUUUGAACAAAAUAAGAACAAAAAAAAAAUUCUCGUGUGUGUGUGUCAGGACUUUCUUCGGUUUCCAGUCCGUGGUUGAAGACGAACAGAUCGGACUCCUCGUAUGAGAUUGGAUUUGACAUGUCUAACGUUGUCCUGCUUACUGCAUGUUUGUUGUACGUUUGCCUGCUGUUUCUCGGCCUGUCCGAGUCUUUUGGGGGGGGGGUUCAUGAAGAACCGCAACACCGAUCUAAGAUCAGACAUCUAAAAUCAGACUCUUCCCUUCAUCAUGGCCAUCUUGGAUCAUAUUUUUCCACAAAUGAGAUUUAGGAUCAUUUAAACAGCUUCCUAAAUGAUUCAUCUAAAUUUUGGAUCAGACUUGUCUCCUGUUUUGACAUAAGAUCGGACUCUUCAGUUUUUCCCCAGCACAUGGUGUAGGAUUAGAUUUUCUCUGGUAAACUGUGGCCUGGCAUCAGACCGUCUUUUGGAAGGUGAUCUGAGACCAGACUUCUCCAGUUCGCAGUGAAUCCGGGUCAGAUUAAUCCUUGUGAGGGUUUUUUGUUUGUUUGGUUGUGUUUUUUUUUUUUUUUUAAAUCUAAGAUCAGACCAGUUUGAUGAUGAUGAUUUAUAUUUCUCAUCCAUUGCGGAUCAGACUCCUGUUUAUGAUUUAUUUAAAAUUAGAUUAUGAUAGACAAUCAAGGAUAUUCAUUGGACAUAAUUUUUAAAGAUUUAGGAUUGGAUACUUCCUGUUUUCCUUUGGUCAGAAUAUAUUUCUCGAUUUACAGCGACUGAAGAUCGGACUCUUCCUCGAUUUAUUGUGAUCAGACUUGUCUGCUGGCAAUUAUUUCAGGUCAGAAUACAAGUUGAUUGAGAUCAGAUUGCACUGGCUUAUCAUGUUAGGUCGGACUUCUCUGUUUCUGUAAAUCUGGGAUUGGAUCGUGCCCUUCCUGUUGUGGUGACCUGAGAUCAGGUUCCUUCAGUUCAUGCUCUCGGGUUCCUCGCUAAUCGAGGAGCUCGUGUAAGAAUCUGAUUCAGGGUCCGGCGACUCUGUGUGUGGCUCAGAUUCUGAUCUUUAGGAUUUUAAUUGACAGGUUUUCUGAUGAUGUCGGAUGAUUGGAUCAGUGCUGAUGUUCUUCAUGAAAACACGACCUUUUUUCUUCUUCUUCUGGAUUUCACAUUUUUACAGCAGUUUAUUCAUCGCGAUGAAACCUUCACUUGCGCGCGUGUGUGUGUGUACGCGCACACAGUCCGGUCCAAAGGUCCGAGUCUCCAACUGAGAACCGGUUUUAUUUCGUCUACUGUUAAUUACAUAAACAAAUGUGGUCUUGAUGAUGAGCUGGAAUUUAAACUUUCAGAAAAUGUUGUGAAAAUACAUUUAUCUUUUGAAAAAGAUUUUGAACGAGAAAUCUAAAAAUUAUUUUUUUACUCGUCUUUGGAUGUUUUCAGAUUCUCGUAAUCCACACCAGGUUUCUGUUUGUAUUUAUUUUCAUUAAAACUGAACAUGGAUCAUGUGGAAAAUAAAAAGUAAAUAAAUAAAAUGAUAAUUACAAUCUCAAAGGGGGGGUAAAGUCUUGAAUUUUGUGAUUUGUCAAAAAUAAAAAGGGAAAGAAACCGGAUGAAAUGACGUUGUGUAAAAGAGAAAAAACAGACAAAGAAAAAUAACUUUUUUUUCCUUCUUCAAAAGUCUGAAUAAAAAUGACUUCAGCACCAAAACACACACAUUCUCUCCCCAGGGAAAGAAAUAAUUAUUGGGGGAAAGAAAAACGCGUUCAGGUCCGAGUUUCUUGUCUUUAAUUUGCGAAAAAAUUUGCACUUUUUUCAUGCACCAUGAAAGGAAAGGGGUGGAGCUUCCAGCAGAUAAUUGACAGCAACUCACUGGUGAGGUUUGAGCUGCACUUCUGUCUCAUUUCCAAACAGUGUGUUAAAGUCAAAAACAAACUCAUAAAAUGCACAAGAAGAAUUUUACAGUUUUUCUCCCAGACCUGUUGGUGCUGAACUCUGAUUUUUGGAUCUUGAUGAAUUGAGUGAUUUAAUUUAAGAUCAUGAUGAUGGUGGUGAUGAAGGUGAUGAACUCUUGCACACGGCGAGUUUUCUGUGAAUAAGGUCCUCGGCACAUUCCACUGAGAAACACUCUGGAAUUUAUUCUCAGAAAACAAGCAGAAGUUGGUGCUUUUCCUUUGAUCUUUCCUUUGAUCUUUUUAACCCGAGACAGCAGACUCCUCCUCUUCCUCUUGCCUUCAGAUGUACAUUUUGUUGAUAUGAAUGAUUUAUUCAUGUAAUUGCGUAAUGAGUUAAUGUUGUAUUAUUAUUUCUGCCUGAAGGGGCUGUGAUCAAUGUCUGUAUGCAGAUCAGUGUUAAUAUAUAUAAUGUGAUCAUGUGAUCUUUUUUUUUUUUAAGCAGCACGUGUUUUGUGUUUUAUUUCGUAAUCACAGUUUUCUGAUCUCGUUUGAACUCUAACCUGUUUCACUCGUGCACUGUGGAGAUUGUGGACAUGGGUUUCACUUUUUUCGGACGCGUUUCUAUCAAUCGGAUUAAAACUGAUUUUCCACA